CUAUUUCUUUUAAAGCAUAUUGGUGCCCUUGAAGUUAUUCUUAAAAAAAACAAAUAUUGGAUUUAUUUCAAUGGAGGAUGAUUUGGUGAAUGGAUAUGAGACACAGACAUCAUAGCUACUGUUCCCAUGAAGUUUAAACGUUAUUCAGCAUGUUUUGUGGCAAGCCUUUUUGCAACAUUAGUAUCCCUCAGUAUAUUCAGCAAACUAAACAAGAGAAUUGGUCCAGUUCAUAUUCAAGGCAUGAAAUUCAGAAAAUACAACCAAAUAUCCUCUAAUAAGCUUACAACACCUACGAAAUUACCAAAUGUUUCCGCAAAGACAAUAGAAAUAAUCAGAGGAAGUGCAAAUGAGAUGAAAUUAACUGACAGGACCACCGAUACCUUAAUGAACCCUGGUGACAUGCCUGUUGUUUUAAAAGCAAAGCAUAUUCAGAAUGACGUUUCAGGGAUGUCAACAUCUCCUCCUACUAAGAGAAAUAAUGCAUCUGAGUUUUACGUAUGUCCCACCUUUAUUGGAAGGCUAGGGAAUCAAUUAUUUCAGUUUGCCUCUGGAUUUGGUAUUGCUGUCUCUAAGGAUAUGAAGUUUGUAGUUGGCAGAAAUGAUAUGAUAUACAAAACAUUUAAACUGGAAAACAAUAGAAAUCUUUUCAUUAGCGAAGACAGAGAACACGAGUGUGGAAAAGCAUACGUCAGUUUUGAAAGACAAGCAUCUUCUUUUGACAAAAAUGUUGGAAACUUUGCUACAAAUGCAACACACAAAGUUGGAAAUUACUUACAAUCUUGGAAAUAUUUUCAUAACUCGACACAUGAACUUCGAAAGCUGCUAAAAUUUAGGGAUCAUUUCCAGACUCAAGCCACAGAAAUUAUAAAAGAUAUUUUGAAGAAAUAUAAUACAACUCGAGAGAAGGUAACUCUAAUUGCUAUUCACGUUAGACGUGGUGACAUGAUAAAUCAUACCUAUGGAUAUGUUGUUGCAUCAAAGGAAUAUUUUGAUAAAGCGAUGAAGCUGUUCAGUGAUUAUCCUAAUCCCAUUUAUGUUCUAUGUUCCAAUGAUCUCAUAUGGUCUAGAGCAAACAUGAAAAAAAACAGAGUUGAGUUUAUUUCUGGAAAUUCCCCGGAAGUAGAUUUGGCUUUAAUGGCGUCUUGUGAUCACGUGAUAUCGUCUGUAGGGUCUUUCAGCUGGUGGGCAGGCUGGCUCUCCAAUGGAAACGUGACCUACUACAGGUGGCCGGCAAAGGAAGGUUCAAAUCUUCGAGCUGAAUUCAGCUCAGAUUAUAUGGAUUAUUUUUAUCCACAUUGGAAAGGGUUAUAAUGAUUUUUAAUUGUUACUUUAUUUUUUUAUAUUU